CGUCGAAAAUAUGGCGACGACUGGAAAGGGAUGGACUAUUUCGUGCCACGAUGCCGCUCAAAGUCUUUCACACGUACUCCAGACUGCUGCCCUUCGACGACCGCGAGACGAGACACGCGGCGGACAAAUUGGCGGCCAUGCGAGAGGUCUGGCACCCACGCGGCUGCCGCGCCUCUACAACCCGGGGCCCGAAGUGACCGUGGACGAGCAACUGGUUCCGUUCAGAGGCCGGUGUCCUUUCCGACAGUACAUGCCCAGCAAGCCGGCGAAAUACGGUAUCAAGUCGUGGGUGGCCUGCGACGCCAAAUCCAGCUACGCUUGGAAGAUGCAAGUUUACACCGGAAAGCCGAGCGGCGGACGCCCGGAGAGGAACCAGGGCAUGUGGGUCAUGCUCGAUGUCACGGAGGGACUGCGCGGUCGCAACGUCACGUGCGACAAUUACUUCACCUCCUACGAACUCGCGCGGCAGCUCCUGGAGAGGAAGAUCACCGUGGUCGGCACGGUUCGGAAGAACAAGCCCGAGCUCCCGACCGGGCUGCUCGCGGUCAAGGGAAGAGAGGUGUUCUCAUCCAGGUUCGCCUUCACGCCCACCGCCACUCUGGUGUCCUACAUCCCAAAGAAAAACAAGAACGUGGUGCUCCUGAGCAUGCGGCACGCGGAGGCCGACGUCAGCAACCGCGAGGACGGGAAACCGGUCAUCGUCCUGGACUACAACCGCAACAAAGGAAGCGUGGACAACCUAGACAAGGUGAUCGGAAUGUACAGCUGCAGGAGGAUGACCGCGCGCUGGCCCCUGGUCGUCUUCCACAACAUCCUCGACGUCUCUUCGUACAACACCUUCGUGAUAUGGAGAGAGAUCAACCCCGACUGGAUGCCGGGCAAGCGGAACAAGCGGAGGGUGUUCCUCGAGCAGCUGGGAAAGACUCGUGACACCGUUCAUCGCACGAAGGGAGCGCAUCCCCCGCACGGAAGCGUCCGCCGCGGUUGUGAAGGCUGUGAAAGCCGCCGCUGCCGCCGCCGCCACACGGAGAGCUCUUGACCACGACGACGCUCGACCCGAGAGUCCGGCCUCCUCCCUAGCCCUAGUCGCCGCCGCAGCAGCCCCGCUCGGGGCGAGUAAGAGGAAGAGGUGUCAGAUAUGCCCCACGAAAAAGGACUGUAAAACUCACACCGUGUGCCGCAGGUGUAACAAAUACAUCUG